CAGUCAUUCGACGAGGAGCUACGCUAAGCUGAACCAGGUCGCAGUGCUAGGGCGAGGGACUGAGUGAAUCGACAACCAUGGCGGACAAGGUGCAGAUCACGAUGGAGAAGAUGGUCCCCGAGCUGGAGGAUCUGCAGGCUCGCAAAAUCUUCUCGGCGGACGAGAUCCGCCAGAUUGUGGAUAAGCGUCGCGGUUUUGAGUACUCACUGCAGCGUAUGCCACUGCGCAAGAUCGACGCAAUGCGUUACAUUGAGUAUGAACUGAAGCUGGACGCACUGCGAGCGGCGCGAAAGGAGCGUCUAGGCCUUGUCAAGGUCACGCUGGGCGACACGGCCGGUACCAAGCGCGUGCACAACAUCUUCGACCGUGUACUAUUCAAGCACCGCGGCAGCGUUGAGCUCUGGUUACAGUAUGUAGCCUUUUGCAAGAGAGAAGGAAGCAGCCGUGUACUGUCCGCUGUCUUCUCCAGAGCGCUGCAGUCGCACCCGCGCAGCGCCGAACUCUGGAUCGAAGCCGCGUCCUAUGAAUUCGGCGUCAACCUCAACGUGGACUCGGCGCGUGUGCUGAUGCAGCGUGCCAUUCGUCUCAACAAACACAACCAGAAGCUCUGGCUCGAGUACUUUCGUCUGGAGCUCCUGUACGUGCAGAAGCUGGCAAUGCGUCGUCAAGUGCUGCGUUUGGACGAAGAAACGGGGAAGCCUGUGAAUGAUGAUGAAUCCACCGUGUUGAUUGACGAACUACCGGAAGAAAAAGAUGUCGAAGAGGAGAUUUCGGAGGAAAUGACUGCUAAGAUGAACGCUAGAAAGCUUGUGCUGCAGGGUGCGAUUGCGAAGAUUGUCUACACGAACGCAGUUGCGGUGAUUCCGGACGACGUGGCUUUCCGACUUAAGUUUGUGGAGAUUCGUGACCUAUUCGGCUCACUCACGGCUGCAGAGCUGUCGGAAUUUAUUUUACAGGACUGUCUGGAGAACUUCCCGAAGAGCGAAGAUGUGCACGCUGCUAAGGCGCUGCGUCCUCUGUUGACAGUUGAGAACAGUGCUGCUUCUCAUUCUGGAGAGUCGUCGGAGGUGGAUAGUGCUGAUGUGUCUGAGGCUGAGCGCCAGGCGGAGUUGAUGGUCGUACAGAACUUUGAGAUUAGCGUCACUCAACUGGACUCUGUCUCCAUGAAGGAGCUCUUUGCAGAGUGGAUAGUGACUCGUCUGGCUUCUUCGAGUCAAACGGCCUUCCUGCUUGAGUAUGCGCGUGCCAAACUGAAAGAAUUUGCGUUCUCAGAGGCGAGCGCUUCAUCGCCGUCUCUCGCUAUCAAGUAUGUUGACUUGACUCACCGCACGGACGGUACGAAUGAUGCACUGAUGGUCGUGCGGAAGAUCUGCGGCGAGUGUCUGCCACAGUCAUCGGAGAUGUGGUUGCUGCAGUCCCAGCUCGUGCUUCAUGCGGACCAUGAAGAAGAGACCACAAGUCGAUCGCCUGCUAAGCGUCGUCGCACCUCACAUGGCUCGUAUUCGAAGACUGCUAGUGUUAACAGCAACCCGUUGGCUGCUGCCAUUUCGGUACUGAAGACAGCGUUGACCAAGAUUGCUACAGAGGACUAUGACGCGCAGUUUGCUGUUCACACCCGCCUCUUACAGCUGCUUAUUAGCAACGCCGAGUCUUCAAGCGUCAUCGAGAAGGCAUUUAAGAACGCUCUUGGCGCUCAGAAGCGCGGCUCCGCACACUGGAGCGCAGUACGUCAGCAGCACGUGACUUGGGCUGCCAGUGCCACUUCUCAGCGCUCGUUGGAACAGGUUCGUGCGCUGUACACCAAGUUCAUGGUGGACGAGCAGUUCUUGCCUUCUCACGAGACGUACUCGUUCCUGUUGCUGUGCGUGGACAUCGAGACUUCUGCGACGAAUGUGAAUGUGCCGCAGGUACGUAAGUUGUUCGAGAAACUCGUGGAGCUGUUCGGGUCGACGCACGAGGAGGUCUGGGUGCAGUACGUGCGGUGCCUGUCCGAGCGUUUGGCGCUGUUCGCCGACGCCACGCGCGUGCAGCAGCGCGCACUGCGUGUGUGGAAGGAAUCUUCGGCGCUCAUGCAGCUUGCCUUUGCUGGCUUGUAGACCGGAUUAGUUAGAUUUGUACGCAGCAAUAGAGCGUUGACAGGGUUGGCCAAAUAGACACGUUGCAUUCAUUCAUCAGCUCCUACACAAC